AUGUCCUCGGACAAGCGUGUCCGCCCCGCUAGCGACUCGGAGAGCUCCGACUCCGAGUCGCCAGCUGAUAAGCAGCUACGCCUUGAGUCGGGGAGUGAGAGUGAUGAGGCGGCCCUUAUCCCACUCCCCGACUCUUCUGAUGAGGAUUGGGUGGUAGUGGGAAGGGUGCGUGACCGUGCCCACCGCUCCCACCCACCUCCGCCACCUUCGCCUCCCCGCUCCCGUUCACCACUUGGCACCUCCGCUACCCCCACCCUGCCCAGCGGCUCACGCCCGACGCCGUUCCCCCGUUCUACUGCUACUGCCCCCACUGCUGCCACCUCUACUGCCUCCACCGCUGCUCCUACAUCUGCCUCCGCCGCUGCCCAUUCCAACCUGCUCGGUGCCGUCUCGCACCCCGAGCAGGCUGCUGCCCGCCACGCUGCUGCAUCUCCUGCCAACCCCAAGGUUGUCGUCCCUCCAACACCGGGGUUCGAGACUGCCCUCGACCUGGCGGAGGCCCUGGAGGAGGAGCUCGGGCUCCGCCUCCAGAUGCGCUUCCUGGAGAACGGCAGCGUGCUGGUCACACCGCCUUCCGAUGAAGCCAUCCGUGCCCUCAUGGACACCACGUCGGUGCAUGGCAAGGCGGUGCAGUUGCGGCUGAUGGGCGACGCAACCACCAAGGGGGUGGUGACCACUUACCCGGUUGCCAUGCCUCUCAAGGCUCUCCUUCGCCACCCGAGCGUCGUCACGGCAGAGCGCUGUAUGACGCGCGACAACCUUGCCACGAGGCAGGUCCUCAUCUCGCACCACCACGCGUGGAGCCGGCGCUGCCCUCCGGUUGAACAUAGUGGAUCGGGGAAUCCAGCGUCAGGAGGAGUGGCGUGCGGCCCACAACCCCUCUCGGCCGGCGUGGACCGGGCGUUCCCGCUCGAGGUCCCAGCGUCGGCCUGCCCCACCCGGUCAGACAACGCUCGCCUCCCGGGAGCACUUCCCGGCCCUCCCACCACCGGCCACGUCUCGCGGCAACGCUGCUCCGGCUGUGCCGCCACCAGCUACGCCUCCUCCACCGCCUGCCACGCAACCCCACCCGGCCUCCUCCUCAACACAAGCCCCUCCCCCACGCCCGGCAUCCGCCUCGGUCCCCUCCACGCAGCUCACUCCCGCAGUGCCUCCACCGGCCCUCCCCCAGCGCGUAAGGCGUCGGAGGAACCGCGGGCCGCGCCCCCCCGUGAUCGCGCCAGCUGCACAACUUGUUCCUCCUCCCGGCCAUGUCCUGGUCACCAGGGCUGCACUAGAGGGAUGCUGGCGAGCUUCGCUCUGGCGCUAACCGGCCUCCUAAAGCUAACACCGGACGAGGCGGCGCUGCGAGUCAUCGCGAAGGCGACGGUGGAGGAGUGUUUCCCCACCAUCGACAGUCCGGUCGCGUCUCCCGCCACCCCGCUGCAAACUCCAGUUGCUGCGCCUCCAGCUGUGCAGGCCCCUGUCCGCGGGGACGCUCCACCUCCCGCGGCGGAGGCCCACAUGGAGGUCGACGCGCCCUCCCGGGCAGCAGUGGCACCUGCCGUCUCGGUGGCCCAGCCAGCGCAGGCGUCCCAGACAGCCAAGCCCCGCUCACACAUCCCAGUGCAGGCGGCUCCGACCCGCUCCCGCAUCCCGCAGCCCAAAGGCAUUGUGACCCCGAAGCGCCGGGGGCCGGCCCCCUCGCGCGCGGCGGCCCCUGUGAUCGCCAAGUGGACCUCCUCGGAGACCGACCGCUUAGUGUUAUGCUGUGGAACGUGUGCGGCGGGCGCGGAGACGCUCCUUCGGGAGGGCCAGUCGGUGCCCUUCAAGGGCUACAGGGCCUUUACCUCCCUGCCGUCGCCGGUGCGGCGCGUGGUGUUGUAUCUUGGUCAGGGAUGUACUUCCCUGUUCUCGAGUGCAUCGCCCGUGCGUGCUGUGGUGCCGGUGUGGAGGUGUGGCGGAGUCCGCCGCGGAGUGGGCGGCGAACAGGCGGGCCUCGGCGUCAACCUCGGCAGGGGCGGGAGUUUCGGCCAGGACCACCGUGAGGCGGUGGGCAUCUACAUGGACAGCUUUCUGGAGCGUGGGUCCCGGUCCACCACCGACGGGUCGGCAGCCCGCCCGCGUUCAGAGGAAGCGAUCAAUUGCUGUUACCCGGACUUCCUGAAGCUCCUCUCCCUCGCUAACGAUGAGCCCACAGCCUUCAUGGAGGGGCGACUUCUUGCUCCACCAUAA